UAUCACACAUUUCGUUCAGUCGAACUCACUUGAAAUAGUAAAGGAACAAUGCAUAACACGUAACUGCAGUGUGUUGAGAUUUGGUGUUCGCUAACGGAACGAUAUGGAAGCGUUUGAGAACGUCACGCCAGUGAAGGCUGAACCGCCAAGUUUAGCGUUUUCCACCGAUCAAGUUGCUUGCGUUUGUGAUGCGCUCAGGCAAUCAGGAGAUCUUGAAAGGUUGGCUCGAUUUCUCUGGUCACUCCCCCCGAAUGAACUUCUAAGCGGAACAGAGAGUGUGCUAAAAGCUCGAGCUUUCGUCGCGUUUCACCGUGGACGGUUUCGCGAAGUGUACACGAUCCUCGAGAGCCAUGAAUUUGAUCCGUCUUCGCACGAAAUGCUUCAGAAUAUGUGGUACAAAGCACACUAUUGCGAAGCCGAAAAGCUCAGAGGAAGAGAAUUAGGCGCCGUGGAUAAAUACAGGAUUAGACGGAAGUACCCGCUUCCACGCACUAUUUGGGACGGCGAAGAAACCGUGUACUGUUUCAAGGAAAAAUCAAGGCAAUUGCUGAAGCAAUGCUACGAGCAAAAUCGAUACCCUACUCCGCAAGAGAAACGGCUCAUCGCUAAACAGACGGGACUGACCUUGAAGCAAGUCAGCAACUGGUUUAAAAACAGAAGACAGCGCGAUAGGAUUCCCUCCAACAAAAGCGACGACUCACUGCGGAAAAGCGUGGAUUCGAUGGGACCAGAAUCUCCAAAUGGCGAAGUCCACGAAACCAUUUUGGGCGGAAACGGAGAAUCCGAAGAUGACGAUAUUCCACCACCGCUUACGAAAACUGAGCAAGAGUUACUGAAUAACUGUUUAUACCCUUCCGCGAACCUGAACGCCAACGAGACAGUACAGCUUGUAUGCGUCGAAAUGCCAACCAGCGGGGAGCUAAACGAAGAGGUCAUUGUCGUAAAAAAAGAGCAAUUUUGAUCGUGAAGAAAUCCAAGGUGAUUUAUGUCACUCUGAGCCAGGGCGAAGAACAAGCUUUUAAAAUGAGUGUUGAUGAUUUUGAGGUGGAAGAACCCGACAAAAAGUUUGGUAAAUAUUUUAUUGUGAUGAUAGUCAAGAAAUGUGAAUGAAAAGUUUCGACCGUAGUUGUGUUUAGAUAAGAAAGCGAAGCUCGAUGCCAAAACAAAUUUCCACCAAGAUGGGGUUUCGUUUAAUUCGCUAUGCCAAGGUGUUCGUGUUAUUGUUUCGGAAAUACCUACGAAUGCGUGGUGUUUUAUAACCUCGAAUGAGAGUAGAUAAAAUUUUGUAAUGAUCGGGUUUAUUUUAAAUAUAGCCCGGUGAACGUGUAAGCAGGUUCCACGCAGAUAGCCAGUAGAGAUUUAGCGCGUACCUAGGGACAGACCGAAUUUUAGAAAUUAAUCCUAACAACAAAAGUUUUGUCUAUGAUGAAUGGUGCCGAGGACAGAAAUGCAUCAUCAUAGGAAGAACAAAUUUCGACAGUCUGAAGUGGAAUUGUCAUAUCUGUUUAUCUAGCACUGAACAUUGUAUAGAAUUUCCAACAUCCUUACAUUUUUAAGGGAUAAAGAUCUCUUGCGGGCUUGACACUUAAUAUUUUGAAACGUGAUCUGAGUCACCGGUUUCCGUAAUUAUUAAAAGCUCUCCUGCACACCAGACUAUAUUUUCAGUCUGUACGAUCGAUAACAAAUGAUAUUUUUGUACAUUAGUGACGAAAGAGAUGUACACAGUUAAAUGUUAAUUGCUCGGAGUUUGAAGCUUCAGAAGUAAUAAAUCUCCUUUUUCCUAUGUUAUUACUA